AUGGUCAUGGAUAACAAUCUCCCGUCGACAUAUCGUAAACGCAGGACAUCGGUGUCGGAGCUAUCGACACUAUCAGUCAGUGAAUUUCCACCGGCUGUUAUGUAUUCGCCGCCAGAGAACGAAGUGCGCAAGAUUGUCAGCAGUCAAAGAGCGGAAAAGCUUCAACAACUGUUCGUCUGCGCCCGACGUGACCGGAUUGUUCUCGAAAGGCGGAUCGGAUGCGACUUUACGCUGGUCGUAAAUGGUGUACAAUUUUACGUCCACUCGGCCUUUCUCAUCGGCGGAUCGCAAGUACUGGAGGACUAUAUGUUCCCCACCAAGAGCACAUCUGAGCCUCCUACCAGAGAAUACGAAUUCGACGCACAAAUCCACAGCCCCAUCAUGGUCGACCGCCUCAUCGAGUUCAUAUAUACCGGAACAUACACACUCGAUCAGGGCGGACGAGCGACAUUACUGCGUCACCACAGUAAGCUGCCUAGAGGCCUGACAAGCGCGAGCUAUCCCAUGAAUCUGGAGAGCGCAUUGGAAUUUCACUUGAAGAUGUACAACAUGGGAAAGAACCUGCAGUAUCAGUCCUUAGUGGCCAUCUCGCACACGAAGAUGGCAGAGGCCAUGCUGUGGACGAGCAAGCUCGGAGUAGGAGUGGGAAUUGUGAAGAAAUUCGUGACUUGGGCAUACGAUCCGGCUCAGAAUGUCCAGGACACAGACGAACGUGCGAACGACACCUUCGGGGAUGACAGCUUGAAAGAGCUGGUAGUGGCGUGCGUCCUGCGACACAUCCAUCAAGAGCUCUGGGAUGAGAGUGCGAUAGCAGACUUCCGAGACUAUGUCAAGGGAUUCCCUGCUUUAGAGGUAGACGGCGAGCUUGCUGAAGAGGAGUACAAGGACUUGCUGAAGACGCGACCUGGCGCCAAGAGGGCGAUGAAGAGGGCAAGGCGAGGACAGCAACAUUAG